AUGAACGAUCAAAUCGCUAACAAUCAUUUUCUCCGUCGACUGAAGAGUUGCCCGCAUCAAUUUAACCGAGUGAAAUCUCAUGAUCAUGAUCGCAUCACUAAACAAAAGCCACAAGGACAACAACAUUUUCAAGAGACUAUCGAUCCUUCUAAGCUUGUUGUCGGCAAAGUUAUCGGUAAUGGAUCAUUCGGCGUGGUUCACAAAGGAUCAUACAAUGGCCAAACAGUAGCGGUGAAAGUUAUUGAUUUCGGAAACAACGGGGUUACUAAAGCUUCAAUGGAGUUCAUGAAGAAUGAUUUCGUGAAAGAAGUUUGUUUAUGGCAAAAUCUUGAUCACCCUAAUGUUACUAAGAUGAUUGGAGCAACCAUGUCCAUGAAGAAAAAUGCGGGCAAAAAGAACAAGAAAUCGAAAACUCAGAAUAACUUUUGUAUCGUCGCUGAAUAUGUUAAAGGAGGAUCUCUACGAUCUUACCUGUUGAAGAACCGUGACAAGAAGUUGCCCAUGAAAAUUGUCUUUCAAUUUGCCCUUGAGAUUGCUAGAGGGUUGAGUUACCUUCAUUCUAAGAAAAUAAUUCACCGCGAUGUGAAGCCAGAAAACAUACUUCUCGACAAUCAAAAAAGGAUAAAACUCGCUGAUUUUGGAGAAUCGAUUUUUGAGCCAUUAGAGUUGUUCUUCACCAGUGGUGAGAUGGGGACUCGAGGUUAUAUGGCUCCUGAGAUUGUAAGCAGAAAACCAUAUGGACAUAAAUGUGAUGUGUAUAGCUUUGGGAUAUGCUUGUGGGAGAUAUAUUGUUGUGACAUGGCGUAUACAUAUGAUUUAGAAAAUAUCCCAUCAGAUAUAUACAAGGAAAUGAGACCAAACAUACCCGUAAAUUGUCGAACAUCGUUGGCUCGAUUAAUACAACGAUGUUGGGACACAGACCCUAGAAAGAGGCCCGAGAUGAAGGAUGUGGUUGUCGAAUUGGAAAUCAUGAAAUCCGAAGAGUGGCAAAUAUUGUCAAAAGAUCAUAAUGAUGGAUACGGUUGUUUCGGUUUCUUUAACCAUGCAAAGGAGGGUUGA